AUGGCCGCCCAGAGCAAGAUGGUGGAGAACAGGGGCCAGGUGGCUGUUAUUGGAAGUGGUCUAGCAGGCCUUGUUGCAGCGUGGGCGUUGGUGAAUGAUGGAUAUGAUGUGACAAUCCUUGAAAAGCACGACGGCUUUGCCCUCGCCCGCGAAACCAUCCUGCCCAAGCACAAGUCCGCACCCACUGUUAACAUCCCCUUGAAAACCUUUUCAGCUGGUUACUACGCGAACCUCUUCAAACUUCUUAACCACCUUAAGAUUGAGACCAAGAUCCUCCGCUUCCGGUACUCCUUCUUGCGUAGCACCAGCUCCCCCAGCGACAGUCACGAUGGAACCGACAACACCAAUAACACCGGCUCUGCCCCCGAGAACCCAAACCACUACUUCACCUUCUUCUCCAACUUCCACCGGAUCCUCCCCUGUCUCGCUCUCAACGCCGUUGGCGCAAACCUCUUCGCCCUCCUGUGUUACCUCUGGUUCACCCUCGCCGUCUUCCUCCUCCCCCCACGCGGGCAGGGCUUCAACCACAAGACCGAAACCGAGACUCUACAAGACUACUCCCACCGCAUCCACCUGCCCGAGAGCUUCCUCGACUGGUACCUCCUCCCCCUCUUCGCGUCCGUCUCAACCUGCUCGCACGCAGACCUCCGCCUCUGCCCCGCAAUCUACAUCACCGAGUACCGCCGGCGCACCCUGGGAGCAGACCACCGCACCAUCGCCGACAUGGCAGACUUCCAGGACCGUCUUACGGCUGGGACCAGGCCGGAGUUCUAUUGUGUCGCGACCGGUGUAGAGCCCUACAGGGGCCACCGUGGAGAUAAGAGUGUUUGUGUGAUGUUCCGCAAGUACUUCAAGGGCCUUGACGAUGAGGGUUUCGAGUAUGAUGAUUUGUGUCCGGAGUAUAUGGAUGGGGGGUGGAUCUUUGACCAUGUUAUUCUUGCGACGGGGGUUGUGGCUGCGGGCAAGAUGUGUUCUGGGGUUGGGAAGGUUGCGGAGGGGUUGAAUGAGGGGAGGGUCAGGAUUACUGUUGAGGAAGGGGUUAAAAAGGAGAAUGAGAAUGAGGAAUCUUGCUCCGGCGGCAGUGAGGACCUUAUUCUCAUGACUCGCACUGAUCCUAUCCGCGGUCCCGUCACCAGCACUCUCCAUCGCCACCCAGCCGGAAUAAACGUUACCGUUUCGCCUUGUUCAGGACUCGAAGCGGAGGACGAAGACAAAGAGCAGAAGCCUCAGGCAGAUGACAGCGGCAACGACAACAAGGAAGUCACCCACCUCGCCCGCCCCCUCCCCACAGCCGCCUCUCACAACCUCCUUCUCUCGGUCUUUGACAAGGAGAAGAAGUCACCGACUGAGGACGUUGCGCCCUGGAAAAACGGAACGGAUCUAAUCUAUCUCGCCGGUGAAUAUGCGUCCGCCGGACUACCCCUCCUUGAAGCCUGUGUUCGCAGCGGCUUGGAGGCUGCAGAGGCAAUCGGUGCGAGGAUUCCGUUUGAGAUUGUACGCGAGACUCCGUUUUGA